AUGUCGUGCCAAUUGUGGGAUUUCGAUGAUAUCACACACUGUGCCCGCACACGAAUCAUGUUCUAUGUGCCUGUAGUCGUUGGCGGAACAUCUCUUUUGGUUCUUCUUGCGAAAACAGUACAGUCGUACAGUCACAAGCCGAAAGAGGGCGAGCUCUCAUUGGCUGAAGAAAAUAGACCUCUAUUGGCCUCUCCCGAUGCGUACGGCGCCGUAAACAACGCCGAGCUUCCGGCAAGCCAGCCAUAUCGUUCCGUGAAAGACCGUCAUUUCGACCUAACUCAACUUUCUGAUACCAACGAAGAUGGUACACCCCACGGUAUCACCAAGGAGGUGACCAAAGGAAUCGCAGACAGCACACGUGUCGCGUUGGAAUAUCUUCUAGUAAUUGUACAAUUGGCUGCUGCGGUAGCAACGUUGUUCUUGCAUUCUUUCUACAAAGAGUGGAAAGGUCUCCCCGUGUCAUGGGGCCUCGUAGCAUUCUGGGCGUAUGCCUUCGUCUUGUCAACCAUCCGAGUCGUCAAUAUCUCGCGCGUGCAUGUACGUUUACCCUCGUUAUGGGCCCACUCGACUGCGUUGUAUCUUUUGUACAUUUUUCCAUCCACGGUGUUUUUCCGGUCAGCAUUGACUGGUUCUAUCAAGCAUGACUUGGUAGCAAAGUACUACAUUGCAAACUUUGCGAUCGUGGCCAUUCUUGUGUUUUUGAACUUGACCGCGAAGGUAGGUGACAAGCCCGGUAAACUCUACUUGACUUCCGACGGUGCCACUCCGUCUCCCGAGAAUGUCGUCAGUCUAUGGUCUUUCUCCACUUACUCCUGGAUUGACAGCAUGAUCUGGAAUGCUUACAAAAAACCAUUGUCCAUGGACGACAUUUGGGGCUUGAGAGAGGAUGACCAUUCCUUGCAUGUCUUGAAGGAGUUCAAAAAGAACAAGCUGCUUGCUAGCUUCACCGUCAGAUUGUUUCUUCACUUCAAGGGCUUGUUCUUGCUCCAAGGUAUGUGGGCUAUCAUUCAACCUUUAAUCAUUUUCGUUCCCACCAUUCUCUUGAAGAAGGUUUUGGAGUAUGUGGCUGACCCAUCUACCUCCACAAAGAGUGUGGCUUGGUGUCUUGUUAUCUUGAUGUCUCUCAGUAAAAUCACCGACUCUUUGACGUCGGGAUUCUCUUUGUUCCUUGGCAGAAGAGUCUGUGUGCGUAUGAGAUCCAUUAUCAUCGGUGAGGUAUACGCUAAGGCCUUGAGAAGAAGACUCACUUCUUCCGAAAAGAGCGAAUCCGAAAAGGAUGACGAGAAGCAAAACUCCGAAGAACCCUCUGAUUCCAAAUCAAAUGCCGAGUCGAAGGAGGAGGAAAAGUCUCUGGAGUUGGGUGCCAUCAUCAAUCUUAUGUCCAUCGACGCAUUCAAAGUUUCCGAGAUCUGUGGAUAUCUUCACUUUUUUGUGAGCGCAUUUAUCAUGUUGUUUGUCUGUAUUGCGUUGUUGUAUAAUUUGUUGGGCUGGAGUGCCUUGGCUGGUGGAAGUGUCAUUAUUAUCAUGCUGCCUUUGUACUACCAAUUCUCGAAAUGGAUUGGACAAGCACAAGAGAAGAUGUUGAAGGUCACUGAUCGCAGAAUCCAGAAAAUGAACGAGACAUUUUCGAGUAUUAGAAUCAUCAAGUUUUUCGCUUGGGAGAACAAGUUCUACAACGAUAUUAUGACCAUCAGAAACGAGGAAAUGAAGUAUUUGAAACUCAGAUGCAUUAUCUGGGCAGCCCAAGGAUUCCUCUGGUACGUUGUUCCAACUCUUAUCACCGUCAUUUCAUUCUACUGUUUUACCAUUGUUGAGGGCAAGACAUUGACUGCUCCAAUUGCAUUCACUGCCUUGUCAUUGUUCACCUUAUUAAGAUCACCUCUCGACCAAUUGACUCAGAUGACUGCUAUUGUUAUUCAGUCUAAGGUUUCGUUGGAUAGAAUCAGUAAAUUCUUGUCCGAAGAUGAAACCACCAAGUAUGAACAAUUGGAGCAAGAGCGCACUGUUGACUCUCCUUUGAUCGGAUUUGAGAAGGCUAACUUUUCCUGGAACUCUAAGUCUGACAAGGAUUUCAAGUUGAGAGACAUUGACAUUAAAUUCCACCCUGGAAAAUUGAACGUCAUUGUUGGUCCUACUGGUUCCGGUAAGACAUCUCUUCUUUUGGCGCUUCUUGGUGAAAUGGAGCUUGACUCUGGUAAGGUUUUCUUGCCGGGUAUCAUUCCUAGGGACGAUUUGGUCAUUGAUCCAAGAACUGGUUUGACCGAGUCUGUGGCAUACUGCUCCCAGUCUGCUUGGUUGUUGAACGAUUCCAUUCGCAACAACAUCACUUUUGCAACUCCAUUCAACCAAGAGAGAUAUGACAAGGUCGUUGAGGCUUGUAGUUUGACCAGAGACUUUGAGAUCUUGGCAGCUGGUGACCUGACCGAAAUCGGUGAAAAGGGUAUUGCAUUGUCGGGUGGUCAAAAGCAGCGUGUCUCAUUAGCCAGAGCUUUGUACUCCAAUUCCAGACAUGUCUUGUUGGAUGACUGCUUGUCUGCUGUUGACUCUCAUACUGCCGCAUGGAUUUACGACAACUGUAUCACUGGACCUUUGAUGGCCAACAGAACCUGUCUUUUGGUCUCUCAUAACGUUGCCUUGUCUAUUACUAAUGCUGACUGGGUUGUGGUCAUGAACAAUGGCCGUGUUAAGACUCAAGGUCUUCCAGAGGACCUUGCUCAGACCGGAGACUUGGGAAGCGACGAGAUGAUUUUGACCUCCUCUAUGAAUUCGAGAAACCAAUCUUCUACCAACUUGAAAGCCCUUGAAUCCAAGAACUCCGAGAUGAAGGCUAAAGCCGCUAUCAUCGAAGCUAAAUUGAAGAAGGCUCAAGGUGAAGAGGACGAGAACGUUAAUACCGACGGUAAAUUGGUGGAGGAAGAAGGAAAGGCCGAAGGUGUUGUCGGAUUGGAUGUUUACAUCAAUUUCUCUAAGGAGUUUGGUGGUCUCUUUGUCUGGCUUAUUUUCCUUGCAGUAUUUAUUGUUCCUGAGAUCAUCCACUUCGCUCAAUCGUGGUGGUUGAGAGAUUGGUCACAGAAAGCCUCUGCCGCCGCUGCUUCUAUCUUUGGUGUUAGCUCUGCUAGCUCUAAAAGCGGCAAGUCUCCAAUUCCAUUGUUCUCUGCUCCAAUGCUCGUGUACAAUAUCGUAUCUGAGAAAUCCGGUGAGAUGUAUUCUCUUUUGAAUGCUCAAAAAGAGGCUCACUCAACAAUUUACUAUAUCAUUGUCUAUGCAGUUAUCGGUGUCACCUAUGCUCUAUUCGCAUGCUUGAAGUCAUUGUGGGUUUACCUCUCCGCCGUCAAGGCUUCCAACAACAUCUUUAUGCAUGUCUUGACAAAGGUUUUGAGAGCUAAAUUGAGAUUCUUUGACAAAACACCCCUUGGUCGUAUCAUGAACAGAUUCUCCAAGGAUAUCGAGUCCGUUGACCAAGAAUUGAUGCCUUACGCCGAAGGUACUUUUGCAUGUCUCGUCAGUUGUCUUUCUACUUUGAUCAUCAUCGCAUGUAUCACUCCAGGCUUUUUGAUCUUUGCCUUCAUCAUCGCAUAUUUGUACUAUUUUGUGGGUUUGUUCUAUCUCACUCUUUCUAGAGAAUUGAAGAGAUUUGACUCCAUCACAAAGUCUCCAAUUCAUCAACACUUCUCUGAAUCCUUGACAGGUGUUGCCACGAUCAGAGCUUAUGGUGUUGAAAACCGUUUCAUGAAGCAAAACUUGGCUGCCGUUGACACCAACAACAGACCAUUUUUCUAUAUGUGGGUCGCUAACAGAUGGUUGUGUCUCCGUGUGGAUGUCGUGGGAUCUUUGGUUAUGUUUUUUGCUGGUGUUUUUGUUUUGCUCUCCAUUGGCCACAUCGACGCCGGUCUUGCUGGUUUGUCUUUGUCUUAUGCCAUUGCUUUCUCCGAGGAUGCUUUGUGGAUCGUUAGACUCUACUCCAACAUUGAAAUGAACAUGAACUCAGUGGAAAGAUUACAGGAAUAUGAAAGAGUCGACCAAGAGGCACCAGCUGAGAUUCCAGACACCAAGCCAGAUGCCAGUUGGCCAACUGCGGGUGAAAUUCACGUCCAGGAUGUGUCCUUGAGAUACGCACCCGAGUUGCCAAGAGUCAUCAAGAAUGUUUCGUUCCAUGUGAAGCCUUGCAACAAGAUCGGUAUUGUUGGCCGUACUGGAGCUGGUAAAUCUACUAUCAUCACUGCAUUUUUCAGAUUCAUGGACUUGGAAACAGGUAAAAUUGCCAUUGACGGUGUCGAUAUCUCCAAGAUUGGUUUAGAUGACUUGCGUCAAGCUAUCACGAUCAUCCCACAAGACCCAACCUUGUUCACAGGAACAAUCCGCAGCAAUUUGGACCCAUACGACCAAUACACUGAUGAGCAGAUUUUUGAGGCUUUGACCAGAGUCAACUUGAUUGCUCGUGGUGAGCGUGAGGCUUCCAAGCAAGUCACUACCACCGAUAACCAAAAUAAGUUCUUGGAUAUCGAGACCUCUAUCUCUGAGGGUGGAAGUAACUUGUCUCAGGGUCAGAGACAGCUCAUGUGUCUUGCCCGGUCUUUGCUUAAGAGUCCAAAGGUGAUUUUGCUAGAUGAGGCUACCGCAUCCAUUGAUUACGAGUCCGAUGCCUUGAUCCAGCAAACCAUUCGUGGUGAGUUCUCUAACUCCACCAUUUUGACGAUUGCGCACAGAUUGAGAUCCAUCAUCGACUACGAUAAAAUUCUCGUCAUGGAUGCUGGUCGCGUUGUGGAAUAUGAUGAUCCAUAUGUGUUGAUCGCCGACAAGGAUAGUCUAUUCCACAGUAUGUGUGAAAAUAGUGGAGAACUUGACACCCUCACCAAGCUUGCUAAGGCUUCUUUUGUGGAGAAGAAGAAUGCAUCUAGCUAG